CCCUUAUUUUGGUGUGCAGGGACAGGAAAUCAGGACGCGGAAAGAGGGGAAAAUUGGAAAAUCUGUUUCAUGUGAUGGUGGUGGUGGUGAUGGCGGCGGUGAUGGUGGUGGUGAUGACGGCGGUGGUGAUGAUGGUGGUGGUGACAGGUGUUGGUGGUGAUGGUGGUGGUGGUGGUGACGGCGGUGGUGACGGUGGUGGUGGUGAUAACGGCGGUGGUGAUGACGGGAGUGGUGACAGGUGUUGGUGGUGGUGAUGACGGCGGUGGUGAUGGUGGUGGUGGUGAUGACGGCGGUGGUGAUGACGGUGGUGGUGAUGACGGCGGUGGUGAUGACGGCGGUGGUGAUGGUGGUGGUGGUGAUAACGGCGGUGGUGAUGACGGCAGUGGUGACAGGUGUUGGUGGUGAUGAUGACGGGGGUGGUGAUGACGGCGGUGGUGAUGACGGCAGUGGUGACAGGUGUUGGUGGUGAUGAUGACGGCGGUGGUGAUGACGGUGGUGGUGAUAACGGCGGUAGUGAUGGUGGUGGUGGUGAUAACGGCGGUGGUGAUGACGGCAGUGGUGACAGGUGUUGGUGGUGAUGAUGACGGCGGUGGUGGUGGUGGUGAUGGUGAUGGCAGUGUUGAUGGUGGUGGUGGUGAUGAUGGUGUUAGACCCUCAGCAGUGAUUGGGGUCAGCCGCCAUGUCCACUCCACCAAUUCCACCUCCAUUGACAUCGGCAGCGGCAGUGAUAGACAUAAGAAGAAGAGGAGGAAGAACAAGAGGAGGAGGAGGAGGAGGAUGAAGGGGACACACAGGAAUCAAAUGAUACUGCCAGAAGAAGAAGAGGAGGAGGAAGAGGAUACAGAAGAAUCAGUUGACACUACCAAACGAAGAAGAGGAGGAGGAGGAGGAAGAAGACGAGGAACACAGGAGGAACCCAUUGAGUGUGCGGUGUGCAGACCAAGACGCUAGAGAUGUCCGUUCAGCCGUUCAAUUCUGCCGAGGGAAAGAAAUCGUGUUAGUCAACUCUGAUGACUUGUACUUUUCUCUGCAAGGGACUGUUCUGUAAGGCAGUCACAGAAGAUGUGAACUGUAUCUGUACUAUGAAGUCUUAUAAAAAAGUUAAAGGCCACA